AUUGUGAAAGAAACCAACAUGGCGUACGGCAAGAACAUCAAAAGCAUGUAAUUAACACAGUCAACCAACAAGACCAUUCAAUAUGGAUUAUAAAGUUUACCAUGUGAAAUAUAAGAUUGGAUAAAAAGGAUUCAAGUAACCAUGUAGAUUUAUAUAUAAAUAUAGUUAAUUAGUGUUUUUAUUCAAAUUGACAAAGGGAGAUAAUUAAUUUGUGAGAGAAAGGGGAAAUAACUCCUUAAAGGAAAUAAUUUUGGAUUUAUGUUUGUUUUUCUGUGAUGCUCAAAAUGAGAGAAACAUUUUAUGUGACGUUUUCACUGUUUGUGAUUUUGGAUGUUUUACAGCAGUUGUAUGCUGUUGAUGUGCCAAAAUUUACGGAUUUUUAUUUCUCUGUGGAACCAACGAAUGUGAUAGCUAUCAGGGACCAAUCAGCACAGUUUGAUUGUGCUGUCUUUGUAGGGGACUUAACUGCUAAUGGGGAGAUAACUCCUACAAUAGAGUGGAUUAAAGAUGGCCAAAAAUUAAAUAUACAAGAUGAUAAUAGAAGGUUAAUACAAAAGAAUGGCUCAUUACUUAUUUCACCAGUUCAUUCAGGGGGGACAGAUAUGGGGUUUUAUCAGUGUAAAGCCACAGUGCCUGAGCUUGGAACGCUAGUUAGCAGAAAAGCCUAUCUUCAUAUAGCUCAUUUAUCAAAAACAUUUCGUACAGAACCACAAGAUUUAUCAGUUUACCUCUACGAUGCCGCCAUGUUUGGUUGUGUCAUAGAUGGCGUGCCAAAACCAAACAUUUUCUGGUAUAAAGACAGAAUACCGCUGCAAGAGAAGAAAAAUGUGCGAGUCCAUCUGGACGGAGUGUUGGAAAUAUACCCUGUACAGUUUAAUGACUUUGGUUCCUACCAUUGUUUGGCUGAGAAUGUUGAUAAAAAGAUGAGCAGUCGAAUGGCAAAGUUAGAACAAAAUGCCAAUGUUGAGGUGAUACUGAAUGGAUUACCACCCAGUUUUGUAUACACGCCUGAGAACACACAUGCUGAGGCUGGAUCAACUGUAACGUUGUUUUGUGGUGCUAAUGGUCGGGACACACAACAGAAAGAACCAUCAAUAACAUGGCUUAAAGACGGCAAUGCCAUAGACUUCAAACAAGCUCAGGGUAGAUUAGAGAUAGUAGGUAGAGGAAGUCUGAAGAUCUACAGUGCUAAUGAGGCUGAUUCUGGUACUUACACGUGUAGAGCUGAAAAUCUCCUCGACUCAGAUGAUUCGGAUGCUAGGCUUAUUGUGCUUGUACCUCCAAAAUUCCAUCAACAACCUUUGAACCGGAUUGCACACAAGAAUUCUGACAUUGAAUUUAAAUGUGACAUCAUCGGGAGUCCCCAGCCUGAAGUGGUGUGGAUGAAAGAUGGACAGUUGUUAAAACCAUCCGAUUAUUUCCAUAUCAUUGAAAAGAAACAUCUAAGGAUACUUGGCUUGAUGGAGAGUGAUGCAGGGAUGUAUCAGUGUUUUGGGAAUAACUCAGUUGGAAAUGUACAGGCCAGUGUACAAUUAAUGGUUGUCAAUCAGAAUGUACCCCUACCUCCAACAACAACCCGAAACUACAGACUUCCCACUUAUCUAGGUGGUAACAUUGGUAACGAGAUCAACCUACCAAGUGAACCAAAGGACCUCCAAGCUGUCAUCGUCUCAAAAGAUUUCGUCACACUGAAAUGGAACGACCCAGAGAAGAGUGGUUUAGAGAAGACUGGUCCAUUAAAUGAAGGGAGUCUAGUAUACUCUGUCUUCUGGAAGGAUAAAGAUUCUGAGAGGGAGAGAGUGUUAAACACCACACUGAAUGAAGCCAACAUCCAACAUCUGAAACCAGAUACCAGUUACGAGUUCAGGAUCAGGACCUAUAACAACAAUGGACCGAGUCCCAGUUUUGCUAGGCUCUCCAUUACCACUGAAAGAGACAUUGAUGUACCUACACCUCCAACUAAUGUCCGAGCGGAAGCAAAGAGUCCAGAGUCCAUUCGUGUGUCGUGGGAUGAACCAGUCCAACCCAAAGGAAAAAUAACCAAAUAUAAACUGAUGUAUUAUAUGAAAGGAGAUGCACAGGAACAUAGAAUUGAGAUUAUAAAAACCAACCACAUGCUACAGGGUCUGAAGACUUUUAAGGAGUACAGCAUCAGUGUAGUAGCUUUUAAUGAGAACGGCGAAGGUGGACGGUCAGAUGAGAUUGAGGCCAGAACAUUAUCUGACCGUCCCAGUGACAUCCCACAGAAUGUCACACUAGAGGCAGCUAGUGCCACGAGUUUAAUAUUGAGAUGGGAGCCACCACCAGAAGAAACAAGAAAUGGUCUCAUCACAGGCUAUAAGAUCAGGUUCAAGAAAAAGACUGACAUGAGAAGUCGGACUGUUACCACUGAUGGAAAUCGUCGUCUGUAUGCUCUAGUCAAUCUGGAGAAGAACACCCAGUACCAGGUUAAAAUAGCUCCUAUCAAUGUCAAUGGUACAGGACCCUAUACAAAUAAGCUGAGGGCUACAACGUUUAGAGAUGAUUUGGAUGAAUCUGUGGUACCAACAACACCCAGAAAGUUACGAGUGACAUCUUAUGCCACGUCGAUCAGAGUAUCCUGGACAGCUCCAGAGCCAGAAUCUAAGAUCAUGGUGAGAGGAUACACACUGGGGUAUGGUAAAGGAAUAGCUGAUGUUUACAUGGAAGUCUUGGGACCUGAUGUUAAUGUAUUCACUAUAGAAAGUCUAGAACCCAAUGCUGAGUAUGUAAUUACAGUAAGAGCUUAUAACAAGAAAGGAGAUGGGCCCCCAAAAUAUCAGACGGCUAAAACCAGUGAAGCAGAAGUUGUUGAGCAUUUGACACCAAUGAUGCCACCUGUUGGAUUAAAGACCAUUGUUUUGUCAUCCUCUACCGUGCUGUUAACAUGGACAGACACAUCACUUGGAAGUAGUCAGCGGAACACAGAUAACAGAUUCUAUACUGUCCGAUACACACCAUUACAGGGCUCAGGUCGUCGUAAUAGAGAUGUCAACUCAACAGGACUGAACUGUCACAUAGAUAAUUUAAAGCCUUACACAAAGUAUGAGUUCAGUGUCAAGGUCAUCAAAGGUCGAAGACAGAGUACCUGGAGUAUGAGUGUUCUCAACACAACAGAGGAAGCUGGGCCAGGAUCAGCUCCUCGAGACUUGACAACAAUUAGCAUUGAAAAGAACCCUAAGGCUGUGAGACUAAAUUGGCAACCACCCAUCACCCCUAAUGGUCAGAUUACAGGAUACCUGAUAUUUUACACCACCGAUCCUAACUUGGAGGAUGUAGACUGGGUCGUAGAAGGUGUACUGCCAGGGGAAAGGUUGACCACGACCAUCAAAGGUCUGACCCCUGACACAACAUAUUAUUUCAAAAUGCAGACUCGAAAUAGUAAAGGAUAUGGACCUAUCUCACCUACUGUUAUUUAUAAAACACCAAAAUCUGAUGGUACCGGUGGUGGAAAGAUUAACCCAGAAUACCCACCAGAUUUUGAAAAUAAGUUCAAUACAGACAAUUUUCCGCCAAAAGAUUAUUUUCCUCCUGUACAACCAGAAGGCCAGGAACCAAAUAAAGCAGAUGAAGGGAAGGAUAAAGUAGGGGGACUGUCCACCAACAUUAUCAUCAUAAUUAUAGCUUCAGUGGUUGGAGCUGUGUUCUGUGUUGUGAUCAUUGUGGUUGCUAUUGUUUUCUGUAGGAGGAGAGAUUAUGGAGAAAGAGGGAAAAGACCGCCUCAAGGAACCCAGUCUCCCAGUAAAAAACCAGGACAAAAAGAUUUAAAACCUCCAGAUCUAUGGAUACACCAUGAUCCAAUGGAAUUAAAGAGUUUGAACAAACCUGACCGUAGUGACUCCAUGUUGACAAUGAGUACACUGAGACGGAAUUCUCAGGAUUCUAAAUCCAUUGACGAUAAUCUGCCACCAUACAGACCUGAUAUAGACAAAUCUAAUUCCGAUGUAUAUUAUUGCGGUGAAGACAGUUUCCCUCGUCGUUCACAAGGAAUGAUGAGAUCUAAACCAUCCAAGCUAUCUAUAUCAGUGGACACACAAGGUCCACAGAGGGAACCAGUUGCUAUGGUAACAGCCCUCCCUAAUGGUAUGUCUCAGGACAACCAGUCUCAAGGUCAUCCCAGACCAGGGUUCCCUAGGACCCAAUACAAUAUGCAGUACAGUAGUACACCAAGAGUGAAUGCUGGUGAUAUGCCACAGCCCUCUUCAAUGCCCAUUCUGAACACAGAUUAUCAUUAUAAAUUGUGUACCUUGGACGAAGAUGACUUCAGCAGUGCAAAUGACACCAUGGAAGACUGCUAUCCUGCUAGAGUUGGCUAUGCUCGUUCCACAGAAGCCCUGUCCAUUACCGGACGUUCUCAACCCACGGCCAUCGUUACUCCAGAUAAACGGAUAAACGAUGGCCAUAAAAGUCUACCUCGACAUUGUGAGAUCCAUCACAAAAGUCUACCCAGAAAUAUGCAUCCUAUGAGAAGUUUCAGUGUGCCAACCCCACCCCCUCUUGGACAUAAACAUGGUGGCCUGACCCCCAAACAUCAAAUUGUGAAACCUCAGCAGUCUCCUUAUAAGAAGACUACACCUAUAUCUAGUGUACCAAUUAAGCCUCGGACAAUGACUGUCAUCAGCACACCCCCACCUAAGGCUCCUGAUAUAAUACUGAAAGCAGGGAAAGAACCAGAGGGAGAACUUCAGCAGAAGUCAGCCAGUACUGAAGAAUUAACAGCAGAAAUGGAGAACUUAGAUUGUUUAAUGAAAGACUUAAAUGCUAUUACACAACAAGACUUCCAGUGCUAACAGUUAGAAAAUUAGUCAUAUAGAUUUGUGAUAACACAUCAUUUAUGCAUACAUUUUCAUCAACCAUCUUAUCUGACAGCCAGUGAGAAUUUGUACAUUUUCAUAGCCGUUUAGAAGAAAAAUUCCAGUGUUAAGUACAUUAAUAAUUUACUGGUAUGUGAAAAAUCUGGAAAAGCAUUUUCUUGAUAAUUGAAUUCUUGGUUGCCGUGACCAGGAAAUCAAGUAAAAUUAGUACAUUGGUGACACUACUAUAAAUCAAGAGAAACGGCUGUUGAAUUUAAUUUCUAAUUUGAUGUUACAAGUAAAUUGAUACAUAAGUGACAAUACUAUGAAUCAAUCAAAACUGCUUGUUGAAUUUGAACUUAGAUGUGACAAGAAAUACAGAGAAAAUUCAUACAUGAGUUACAAUUGCCAAGGACUCUAUUAUGAAGCUUGGUGAAUGGUUUGUUGAAGUUGAAUUCUAGAUCGAUAUGACAAGAAAUAGAGUAGAUUCAAACACAAGCUUCAAUUGUCAAGGAAUCUACUAUGAAGCCUGGCAAAUGGUUUGUUGAAGUUGAACUCUAACAUGAUGUGACGAAAAGUAGAGUAAAUUCUUAAAUGAGUGUGUUACGCUUGUCCAGGACCAAACUAUGAAGCCAAAGCUAUUAAGGUGCUAGUGACGUAGGCAUACUAUUAUCAUCAACAACACCACACACAAAUCAAUUAUUUAAAUCACCAAAUCCAUCAAUGCAAGAAGUUGAACAAAAUUCUAUUGACCGAACAAGACAAUUUGGAAGAAUGAAAAUCUAAAACAUACACAGAAAUUGCUUGUUUCAAUAGAAAUUUAGCUUAUGUAUCAUUCUGUAUUCAUAUGAGAAGCAGAACAAAGUUCUAUUGACUUAACGAGCAAAUUUUAAAAAGUGAAAAUCUCAAACAUAGGCUAGAUUUAUUACUAUGUAAAUCGUGUUAUUUUUCACAGUUUUAUAGAUAUGAGUGAUUUUACAAUUCUUAUUAAACUUUUAUGGUUUUGAAUAGCUUUGGAUUAAAUUUAAGUUGCAACAUAUAAUUUUAAUAUCUACAAAAAAUCAGGAAAGUAUUCUAUCAUACUUAAUGAUCAAAGAAGUAUUACAAGGAGAUUGUACUUAGAAUAUUAUAUUUUUCAUAAAUGCUGUCUUUUGCAAAUGGAUAAUGUAUAUAUUACAUGUACCUGUACAUGUACCACAAAAUUUGAAACAAAUAAUUAGGUUAGUGAGUUUGGUUUUUAAUCGAUUUGUUUUGAAAAAUCAGCUUUAUUGUCAGGAAAAAAAAUUAAGACUACAUUUACAUAUACACUUUUAUUACAAAUAUCAUACAAAGUUUUACCCUGGAAUUUUACAAAUGCCCUGGGAACCUUUGUAUUCAUUAGACAUGCAGUCAUGUUUUAAUUAAUGGUUGUGUUUUUUUACCAGUUAAAUUGGGGUUUUUUCAUAACAGGUUUAUUUACAUAUUUUUAGACAGUUUCAAUUUAAAUUUUUCAAUUAUUCAAACAAAUUAUUUCUCUUGCCUUGAAGUAAAUGUUUUGUGUUAAAUUUAAGAUCGAUACGUUGAACAAAUUUGAAUAUUUUUUUCGAUUUUUGUACAAUGAAAAGUAUGUAGUUCAAAAUUCAUGUUUAAAAUCAAAUCAAAAAUUGUAAGUGUGGAAAGAUUUCAUAAAAAGUGUAUUGUACAAGAACGAUUGAAAAUUUAUGUAUUGGUCAAUAUGUGUGUGAAGGGUGUGUUUUAGAUAUCAGAAUGCAUAAGUAUUUUCAUUACAUAUUGAGACGGCCCCUUUUAUUAAAAUGUCAUAUUUAGAUUUUCAGUCAUUUACAAUUAGAGUAGUGUUAUAAAAAAUGAAUAAUUUUAAUUCAUAUUUGAAUGUUGUAAGAUGUCAGUAGUGUUAAAAUUUGUCAUAGUUAUAUUUAUUAAUAUUUUUUUUAAUUUGAUGUAAAUUUUAUUUUGAUUGAUAAUAAUUUUAUGCCAAAAUAAUUCUAAGACUUUCUCAUUUUAAGGAUGAUUGAAUAAUAUGCCAUUCUAUAAGGAAGGUUAAUGCCAAAAGUAUUAAUUGGAUCAAAAUUUGAUAGUAGAACUUGAAAGACACUUUAUCACAGCUUACAUGCAAAUUUAAUGCCAAAAAAAUAGAUAAUAAUAAUGUUUGGUAAAUCUUUUAAAUCAUGUGAUAUGAAAAGAGAAAAUUGUCAAUGCAGAUAUUUAUCAAAUGGUCACUUCUAUAUUAUACACAGUUCAAAAUAAACAUAUUUUUAAUGUUUAUAUCUUAAAUAUUUACUGAAUUUGAAAUGAACAAAUCUUAGAAUUAUUUUGUUGUGACUAUUAUUAUACAUAUUAAUUGGUAGAGGCAGCAUUCUUUGUGUUGUGCUGACUUAAGGAGAUUGUACUUAUGAAAUUAAGAUAUAAUAUGAAUACUUAGUUUUAAUGUUUUGUAUGUCAAAAUCUUCUAUGCAGUGUAGGGAUGGCUUACACUUAAUAUCUAGGUGGUUUUAAACAACCUUGACUGGCUGUUAAAUCCUCUCAUAUUUGGCUGCACUUAGUAUAGGCAAUUCUUAGAUGACCCAAGUUGAUUCUUUUAUUAUUUUUUAAAAGGGAGGCAUUUCACAAUGUAAACGAACUGGUUUCCCAAAUAUGUGCAAUUGUAAUAUUUAGUAACUUGUGAACAAAUUGUUUAAAUGUCAUGAAUUUUAACUGCUUAUUACGAUAAUGGAAUAUAUUUGGUUAAAAAACAAUGCAUCUUUGAAAAAAUUGUCAAAUGUAACAUGCUUCUUUAUUGGGACUGCAUCAGCAACCCAAGUUUUCUGAACCAAAUAUAUAUUUCCUUACCAUUAUAAACAAUUAGUUGUUACUUCCCUUUUCAAAAAAUAUAAUUCCAGAUUAUCAUUGGUAAAAAGAUAUUGAUUUAUUAAUUCAUAGAUCUGCACUUAAAGUUUAUUAAAACACAGAUCUGAACUUAAAGUGAGAUUAUUAUAUUUUUUAUUUUUGUAGAUUUAAUGAAUUUGUGUAGGGGAUUGUGUUUGCCGUUUUAUUUGUUUUUCUUGUUAUAUUUUGUUUUAAAUCAUUUACCAUCAGUAAAAACCAGAUUCAGUACUACACCAAAAUUAUAUCUGAGGUAUUUCAAGGAAAUAUUUUCUCAAUGAUUCAUCAAACAAACACAAAAUUCAUUUCAUGAAUUUAAAAUUUGACAUUGGAAUAAAAUAGUACCUUAACCAAAAAUUUGUACCAUUGAAUUUAAAAGUAUUUUUUCAUGGCUGGAAUGUUUAAACGUACUUCUAUCUUUAGACUUUGAUGUAUUAGUAUAAACAAUAAUUUACAAACAUUGAAAAAAAAAAAACAAUUUUGUUUCAUCUAUUAAUUAAAAACCAGUUGUACAACUAGUGUUAACUGGUUUAAAAUAUUAUUACUAAUGUAAGGAAUUUAACCUGAGGUUGAAAUUCUAACCUUGUUAAGAUUAGAUGAACAUCAGUGCCAUGUUGUUUUUCAGGUUUAAUAUGUAUAGUGUUAAAUAACCAACAAUCAAUCAAUCAAUCAUUAUUUCAGCAUCACCAAAACCAUUUGGUUUUUGUCAUUAAUAACAGAAUUUGAAAUAGUGUGCCAUAAUUCAUUUAUCAGACAUCUACCUGUUCAGGUAUAACAAUGUUAGUGUAUAGGGUCAUAGGUCAUUUGCUUUUAUCAUUACAUUUAACAAAUUCAGACAGUAUUUUUUUUUAGUACAUGUAAACUUUAAGGAAAAAUAAAAUUACAUCUGAAUUAAAGGGAUAAAUAAACUUUUCAAUUCGAAUAAAAUUAAAUUUCAUUAAAAUAGAAAAUACAAAAGUUAUUUUGUAAAAGGUACAUUUUAAAUAUUUGUUUACUUAUAAGGAUAUUUUAUAAAACUUUUUUAUUUUGGUAUUUGUAAAUUGAAAUCAAAAUGUAAUUAAUAUAGAAUUAUUUUGAUACCAUUUAGGCUUAAGUACUGAUUGUAAACUUUUAUAACUUUGUAAAAUUUCUGUAGAAAUGAGAUUAAAUUCAAUUUUAAAAAUGAUAAGUUACAUUAAAUUUCAUGAAGAUCAAUUAUCUAAAAUAUUUCAGCAAAAAAAUGAAAAUUAUCUCCCCUUGUAAAAUAUUUCAGCAAAAAAAUGAAAAUUAUCUCCCCUUAAUAUAUUAAUUACUUAUCUUAUAGAAUACAGGUAUAUGUUUUGUGAUAUGCUUAGUUUUACAUUGCUGCUUUAUAGAUAGGUUGUGACGUUACUAUUUUUAGGGCAUACAUGUUUUAGAAGCACUUAUCUUUAAUGGCAAUUUUAUUUUGUUUCUUUAUCCAUUUUAUCAAAGUACUUUUUUUUAUAAACAUUUAUAAUGAGUUAGUGAAUCGAUCAUUAUUUUCAAUAUCUAUUUUGGUAAUGGAUGUGAACUCUCAGAUGUUUAGUCUGAAAGAAGGGGCUUGCAUGAAUGUUGUGUAAUAGUCAUUUGCUCUGAAUUUUAAUUUGUAUUUUUGGCUAUUUAGAAAAAAUUACCUUUCAGAAGAAAUUGCCCAUGUACAUGUUUAUUGGAUAAUUAAUUUUAAUUAUUUAUUAUCAUUCAGAAAAUUUAUCUUGACUUAUAGGUUUUUUUUUUGUUCAUUUAUAAACCAUUUUAGUAUUGGAAAUAAAUGAUAAGUAGAUCAACAUGUAUGAAACUCUCUUUAUCUUAUAAAUUAUACAAAGCAUGCAUGGAAAAUUGACAGCCAUUCGAACCAAAUUCUGUGGUAAAAUCAUUUGACCUAAAAAUUAUAUUAAAAAAAUGUCUCAGAGUUGCCAAUUUUGGUACAAUACUGAAAACUAUUUUACAAUUUAUAGUAAUUAGACUAAUAUAUUUUUUGGUCUGAGAAACUAAAACAGCAGUUUCAUUACAUGCACAUUUUAAAUAGACAAUACAUGUACUUCAAAUGUGAAUGAGCGGUUAUCAUCCAUGAACUUUCACCUCUGUGUCAUUAUAAUAUCAUAUAUGCAACCAUAGUAAGUAAAAACAUUGUGUAUAAACUCCAUCAUCAAUCUUCAUUUGUAAAUAUCAUGUGAUCAAAUGCUGGUGUGUCAGUUAUGGAUGAAAUGUGACAUUUUUGAGAAUAAUUUAUACACUGACUUAAAAUAAAAUCUUUUUCUAAGUA